GAGGGGGUGUUUGGAGUGCGAGAAAAGAGGAGGAAAAUGGGCGAGGUAUCUGAAACGAUGACGAAGAGGAAGAAGAAGGGACGCCCAUCUCUAUUAGAUCUUCAAAAGCGCACUCUUAAAAAACAACAGCAACAUCAACAACAGCAAUUGCAACUACAGAACCCGAAAUUAAUCAAUUCACAUUCUGACCUAAACCGUCGUCCCACCCGCCGAAACUCCGUUCUUGGUUUAAGGCAUGCGACUGAAGAGGGGAUUGCUGACGAUGACGACGACGACGAGCGCAAAGAGAAAAAGCAUAAGCUCUUGGUUGGUUUGAAUUCUCAUCAUCAUUAUUCGGCAUUAUCACCGGUUAGUCCGGAGCCGUACGGCACUAACUGGAAUGAGGACGGUCACGAUCCCGAGGAUCCUCGCAAGAGACGCAGGAUCAAUGUCACAUAUCAAGGAUCAGAUGAAACGAGUGAAAAGGUUCCGAAAGCGACGGACAGUAAGCAUGGUUCGCAGGGGGAGUCCGGCCCCACUACACCUUUGCCAGACAAAAAGCUCUUGGUGUUUAUACUUGAUAGGCUUCAAAAAAAAGAUACCCACGGAGUGUUCUCAGAACCUGUGGAUCCAGAAGAGCUUCCUGAUUAUCAUGAUAUCAUUGAACACCCGAUGGAUUUUGCAACGGUGAGGAAGAAAUUGGAUGGCGGAGUUUAUAACAAUUUAGAUCAAUUUGAGAAAGAUGUAUUCUUGAUAUGUUCAAAUGCAAUGCAAUAUAAUGCACCAGAUACUAUUUAUCACCGGCAGGCCCGAGCAAUGCAAGAGUUGGCCAGGAAGGACUUUGCUAAUCUGAGGCAGGAUAGUGAUGAUAGUGAACCACAGCCCAAAAUUGUGAGAAGAGGUAGGCCGCCAGGCAAGAAUUCAAGAAAGUCGUUGGGAAUGUCUCCCUCUGAGUGCGUCGCUCCUGAUUCUUCCUCAGAUGUAACACUUGCUUCGGGAGGAGAUAAUGGCAGUGGCGGCCCUAACAGUUAUAAUUUGAGAAAAGGAACAGGUAAGUUCCAGCCUGCAGAUUCAUUAGCCAGGACUUCACAUAACACCUUAAACAGUACGGGAUAUACUAAUUGGUUGUCUGAAUGGGAGAAUGAAUUUCCAGCUUCUGUUUUAAAAGCUGUUUUAAGAUAUGGAAAGAAGCAAUUCAUGGUUGACGAGACCAGGCGUGAAACGUACAAGCAUCUAGUGGCUACUGAGGAUGAACCUCCAGUACUGGCUACAAUUGAAGAAGAAUUCAAAAAACUAAUCGCGGUGGGUUUAACUGUGAAGCAUAGCUAUACGAGAAGCCUGGCCCAUUUUGCUGCUGAUCUUGGUCCAGUUGUUUGGAAGAUUGCUGCAAGGAAAAUCAGCAGUGUUUUACCAGGAGGACAAGAAUUUGGUCCUGGAUGGGUAGGAGAAGAUGAGGUGUCACAGAGCCAACAGUUUGCAAUUUAUGACCAGGAUAGAUCUUUAGACGCUUUUGUGCCAGACAAUCGUUCAAGUAGAUUUCUUCCUCCAUCUGGCUCGUUUUCUGGUGGAUAUAAAUCAUGCUUACAAAGUGGAGACGUGAAAUCAAUUAGAGGAUUGAAUUUUCAAAAUGAGCUUAAUUCAGUUAACAGUGUUGAUUCUGGCAUUGAAUAUGUGGUUCCUUCAUGGAUUAAGCAGGAUUCUGUUGUUCGCUCUGACGAUGUAAUAGGUUCAAAUGACCGGCUAGGUCCUAAUUUUUCACCUCAAAUGAGGAUGGUAAACCUUUCUGACUUAACCGGGCUGCCAAGUUCGGGUGAUGGUUCUCGAAUGAUUGACAAGGGUAUAACUGGCAACUUUGCUGCCUGCUUGAUGCCUUCAGAGAUGAGUUCACCCGCAAAGACCCAAAUCUCAAACGACUUUGGUCAAUCAGAUUCCAGUAAUAUGUUGGCGGAGGAAUCUGGCUCUGAUUUUCAAAAAGGGCUCGCUGUCAAACCAUUGAUAAUUCCUGUGAAACACAAUUCUUUGUCAAUUGCUGAUGAUUUAAAUAGGAAGAUUGGAGCAACAAAUGCAUCUAGUUCCAGUGUGGAUACUGGUUCUCAUCUGCAGCCCAAUUUGGCACUCCAGCUUUGAUGGUGGAUUAUUUAUUCUCACUUGUUCCAUCAAAGUUUUGGAGCUUAAUGAAACAGAAUGAAAGAUUGGACCAUUUUAAACAUUUGACUUAGAAUGGGGAGUGGCUUUGAGGCGGUGGUUGUAAUUGGUGGUUGUACCGCAAAUUCAGUUUCCUAUUUGUAUAGUUACGGCAUUGAACACUAGAGCAUCAUUUUCACGCUAUUGAAAUGAAUUUAUGGUCUCCCAAGAUUAUCACGGAAGUUUCUUAGUUUUUGGUAGAUGUAGUGUGAAUUGUGGAUCACUGAGCAAUGCGAGUUCGCUUUGUGUAGCA